AAGAAAGUAAAGCAAAUGCUAGGAAAAAUGGUGUAAGAGUGACGCUUAAAUCGAGUUGGGAUCGUAUACAAUUUAUAUUUUUAGUUAUUGUACAAAAGUGCAAAGAGUAAGAUUAUUAAAAUAUAAAGUAUCAUUUUUUAAUUAUGGCUGAGUAUUUGGCUUCUAUUUUUGGUACAGAGAAAGAUAAGGUAAAUUGUUCGUUUUACUUUAAAAUUGGUGCAUGCAGGCAUGGAGAUCGAUGCUCCAGAAUUCAUAACAAACCAACUUUUAGUCAGACAUGUUUACUCCAAAAUCUUUAUGUUAAUCCCCAGAAUUCAGCGAAAAGUGCAGACGGAUCUCAUUUGGUAGCAAAUGUCUCAGACGAAGAAAUGCAGGAACAUUAUGAUAAUUUCUUUGAAGAUGUAUUUGUUGAAUGUGAGGAUAAAUAUGGUGAAAUUGAAGAAAUGAAUGUGUGUGAUAAUUUAGGAGAUCAUCUAGUUGGUAAUGUUUAUAUUAAGUUUAGGCGAGAAGAAGAUGCCGAAAAAGCAGUAAAUGACCUAAACAAUAGAUGGUUUGGUGGACGACCUGUAUAUGCUGAAUUGUCCCCGGUAACAGAUUUUCGAGAAGCCUGUUGUCGUCAGUAUGAAAUGGGAGAAUGUACGAGAUCAGGAUUCUGUAAUUUCAUGCAUUUAAAACCAAUUUCUCGAGAUUUGCGUCGCUAUCUAUAUAGUCGCAAUAAAGGUGGUGGUAAGGGUGGAAGAUCAAGGUCACGCUCUAAGUCACCUAGACGUGAUCGUAAAAGAAGAUGGCGCUCACGAGAGCGUAGAUCCAGAUCGAAAGAUCGUCGUAAGGGAAGAGAUAAUCGUUCUGGACGAUAUUGAUUUGGGAAAAACUUAUUUAAUAUUAUUUUAUUCAUUUAGUAAACUAUUUUGAAGUUUCACGUUCAUUAAGUUGGAUAUUAUGAUAGAUAAAGAAAAUCAAAGAAAUAAUGCAUAAUUUAUAUACUAUCAAACAAAAAAAUAAC